UAUGGACCUUCAUAUUGACUUCAGAUGCUUGUGGAUAACAGCGUCAACAAAAUUACUCGAUGGCAGUCUGCCCCGGGAAGAGUCCCCGACAGACGCAUCCGAACACCCGCCCAUCUGAGCCAACGCGAUCUGCCCGACCAUCCUACAAGUCGAUUAACAAACCUUUCCGACGCCGAAGUCUUGCCGCGGCUCCUACAAGCAACAUCGAUCGGCGUCUCGGCUUUCCCCGCGACCAGAUCUAUCGCCCUCCGAGUGAUGUCGAGUCGAGUACGAUAGCUUUUGCCCGCACCAUGACAAUCGCCGCGGCACAUGAUGGACGAUCCAUGGGGCUCACCAUGGGCAACAGCAGAGGGGGACAGGGAAUUGAAACCCGGCUCACCCGCCAAAUCCGACAUUGUCCCCCCUCCGCGCGCCUUUCUACCCGCGUCCAGCUCCCCCCGCGUCCCUGCUAUUGUGGAACAGUCGCCAUGGGGAGGUGACGAUGUAGGAUUUGGGGAAUGGACAACGGCGUCUGAUGCAGCAACGCAUUCGGUAUGGGCGGCGCCAUGGGGAGGCUCCAGUCCGAACUUGCCGGCCACUCCACGAGACGACCUGCUCGGUAAGAGUAGCCCGAUCACACUGCCCGGCAGCAUUGCAACCCCCGGGCCAGCCAAUGGCUCUCGACUUCGACAACCGUCACCGGAUCCUUGGGGGUCCGGGUUCUCAUCACAUAGAUCUUCCCAUGACGCUGUUACGACCCCUCGCCUGGUCGUCGAAUCAGCCUCUCCUGCCGAUUCUCCCAUUGAUACGCUAAAGGAAAACCCUUUCGGGAUCAGGGAAGAGGCAGUGUGGGACAAGUUCGAGACCAAAACAGAGGAGUUCACGGCCGCUCAGACGACGACGAUUCCUGAGCCAACCGCUGCGACACGCGACCCGACCGAGGGCGAGGGUGUCGAAGACUAUGAGACAACGCCAGCCUCAGUCUCUGGCGACGAUGCGCGCUUGAGCGUCGAAUCGAAUAGGCAAACUCGCGGGGACCGUUCCUCGACGCCGUCCAACGAAAAUACCGACCAUGAGGGAGAGCGGCCGGAUUCGCCAAUCACAUCGGUCGACGAGGAGCAAAGGAGUUCGAGGUUCAGCACAAGGAAGCUUUCUGGGAAAGUUCAAGAGCUAGUCGUCAAGUUUGACGGUCUCGCCAGGGCUGCCAGCGAAGAACAUCCCCCCAUCGCCCGGACCCGCAGCAUUAGUCCAUCGGUAUCCAGCAAGAAGGACGGCCGCGAAGAUGACCCUCGAGAUGCCGUAGACGACGCCGACUUUGGGGAGUCUGAGGAUGCAGACGCUGUUGCAGACGGGGAUACAGAUGAGCGUGCGAUGGAACCGCCAUCGCAACCGGAGCAGCCGGCGCCAAACCAGCAUCGAAGAGAGCAUUCAGGUGCGAAUGACGCAUCCACGGCAUUGCUACCCCCGCUCCCUGACUCUCCCUCUCCGAUUGCCAAGUUUGGACCUUUGGACUUUCACGUUGACCUCGAAUUGGUGACCAAGCUGUUUCCCCCCACCGCGGCGGAACUGUCCCACGAGGCCAAGGUGGAUCGCGAGGUCUUGGACCAUGUCAUCAACGACAGCUUCACCGAGAUUUCACAGAGGAAGACAUGGUACCGAAUUUCCCGGCUGGGUUCGACUCGCCGGCACGAUGCCGGUGACGACGAAAGCUACAGGCGGGUCGCCUGGCCAUCUUCAACGGUUCAUGAUGAGACCAUCAAGAUUGUGCGCCGGUGGAUGGAGGAGGAUUCCAUUGCCGGUCGCAUCGCGCUCGGCGGCAGAGUGUCUAAAACCCAGAAGAACAUGUUCGGUUGGGAUUCCUCCGCUGAGCCUGUCGCUCUUGACGCUGUUUUCAAGAAGAAGAGCUCGCAUACGAGAGCGGCAUUAUCCCAGCCCCCCCCGGCGUCCACGCUAUCGUUGGAAUUGGCCGAUGCAUCUGCAACACAUUCCCCACAACGCCCGACACAUCGUGCCUCGGGCAGUGUUGGGCCUGCCGUACCCUCAUUCGGUUGGAACACCGGCUCCCUCGCGCCCAGUUCACAGACGAGUACCACGGGCAUGAUUCCUGAGCCGCCAAACGCGACCGCUUCCGCCCCCGCCCCAACCACUUCACAAACCGCCGACGAGGACGAUGACGACGAGUGGGGCGAGAUGGUAUCCUCUCCCGUCACCUCGCAGCCCACAACAGCUGGCCCGGUAGUCCAGGAACUCGGAGCUGUCGGCAUCUUUUCGCAGACAGGCGGACCCGCCCCAACACCAUCCGACGCGGCAGCCCCUUCGGUUACGGAGUUACCUCCUGCCAAGCCAGCUCCCCAGGGCCAAGCAUCCACCAUCAACUCUAAAUUUGUGGAGCACCCGGGCGGGAGCUUGGGGUCGGAAGGCUCCGCAGCCCAGUCUCUCGAAUCAACAACGACACAUGAUCUCUCUCAACGUCCGCCGCCACCGGAGGCAGGACAACCUCCCAAUGCCGAUUUGCAAAUCGCUCACGAGCGAAUGGCUGAGCAGAUCCUAGCCAGUCUCCCUGAUCUCUCUUACAUGCUCCGUUAAAUGGUCCCCAGUGGCCGGUCAAUUUUGAGUAUUGCUUGCUCGUUAGUCCUAUUUUUUGUAAUAUCUAUUCAGAAUCUCUUCGAAUUGGUCGGACUUGAUGGUGUGAAAGCUGAAGCUGGCGGAAAUGUUGUCCAUGUAGCAUUCUGGCUGUUCUGCGACCAUACUUCUACGGCGCAUGCGACAUUCUUACCGCGCCGAGCUGGGGCUCCAUACUGUGUAUGCACAAGGCUGAUGAUGUCGGGUGAAACCGUUUGCGCUAGCGGGACGCCUAACCCUAAAUCGAUGGCAUGCCCCCUUUACGGCGGGGUUGAUUUGGAC